UUGCAAGGUGCGCUCUUCAUUUUUGUUGGUUUUGGAACUGAGUGAUGAACUAUGUAAGUGAGUAGCAGUCGACGAUGACUACGGCGGUCUCAACGUUCAGCGAGUUGUCGAGCCUUCCAGACGUUCUCUCUGGCUCGUCGCUCGCGUCAAGCCCAUCUAAUCUUGAUUUUCUCGCCGAAUUACCCACCAACGCACUCUCAGACUUGCUCUCAACGCCGACUGCGCUCACAACGCAAUCUCAUACAUUGACUUCUUCACUCACUGCUUUGACACAUACAUCUUAUCCGACCUUUCUCUCCCUUCACCACACGUCAACAGCGCUGCUGACAUCGCUCUCUUCGUUUGACACGUCACUCAAUUCACUGAUCAACGCCGCUCUACCAGCUCUUGAUGACGCUGCACGCAUUUUUCGCGAGAAGACUGGUCCAGAGGUUAUAGAGGGAAGGCAGAAGGCACGCAUUGUAUUGGAGCAGCACGACAAAUUGUGCGACUUGCUUGAUAUUCCGAAGAGUCUCAGCGAUGACGAAGAAGCCACGCAGGGUUUGCCACUUCAACUUGCGGAUUCCUUACAAGCUGAGAUAGCUUCCUCGCUGCGUUCCAUGCAGCUCAUCCUUCUGAACACGUUAUAUGAACCCGCUCGCAAGCUACCAGCGUUCUGGAAAGCAGUACAAUUCCUUCGUCGAAUGAAGGCCAUGCACGAGGACGAACUAGCGCUCGUGUUCAUAAGCGCUCGAAUUGGAUGCCUUCGUGAUACCUUGGAUGGCAUUGAAAGGGAUGCUGGUAUACCUUCGAACCCUGGAAGUCUCGAGUUCAAGUUCCCAGCUGGAAGCACUAUAGAGGAAAGAGAGCGGGAGAUUGAUAGACAGGCUGAUGACGUUGCCCGGUUUUUAAAGAAGUAUAUUGAUAUUUGGAGGGAAGGCGCGUACGAUCUUGUCACGCAAUAUACGACGAUAUUCCUCGACCGUUCGCAUGCCGGAGCACGGAUAGCACCACCUGCAGAUCAGGAUGCCGAGGCAUCCUCUUAUAUUAUCCGACAAACGUUGCCUUCGACACUUCUGGAGCUGCUCCUUCCGACUCUCCGAUCGUACCUUGAACGUGCUUAUCCCCACCUCGCACCUCUUGCGACACAACUUGCCUAUUGUAGUUCUGCUUUAGCACGCGUAGGGAUGGAUUUUCGUGCGUUACUAUCACCACUGAUUUCACGAUCAGUUAUCAGCGGGUUUGCACGAGACGUGCGAUUCGGCGUGGGGCAUGAGUGGUCUGGAGUGCUCGCCAAGCACGUCACGAGCAGACCUAAGCCCUCUACUCCUUCCAGUUGGCUGGUAGCUACACCUAACAGUGUGCCUGCGUUCAAGACGCUUGUCCUCUCGCCAUCCAAUGCUUCGCAUUCUCCGCCGCAAGUGCUAACUGCCUUCCCGCCGCUUGCGAAAAUGUUGAACGCAUAUAUCCGUGCGCUAAACAGGUUACGCAUGCUUGCGCCUGUUGAUGCUUUGUCAGGCGUCGUAGAUGGUGCCGAAGAGUGUCUUGCAAAUACAGGCCAUGGUCUACUACAAUAUGCCAAGGACUGGCGAGAUGGUGAUGCGAAGGAGAUACAGAUUCUGCAAGCAGCGGGGGCAGCAUAUACCCGAGUUCUUGUUCCUUGGCUGCAGCGCGCUAUUGUGGAGGGUGACCGUCAAUCUGCCGCUAAUGGAGCUGGAGAUCCCGAUGCAGGCGAAGAAAGUGAACGUGAGUUAUCCUUCAUAGUUAGAGAGUGGGAGAGCUGGCUAGGCUCCACAGGAAUAUAAUGUAGAGAUGCGAUGGCAAAAUGGUCGAUACCCUUUUUUUGAUUUGUUCUCUGGUCGUGAGUGUCUUUGAUUCCAUGAACCGAUGAACCAAGACCCCCCACAUAGUCACGUGGAUCGUUCUGCUCGGCAAAAUGAUAUCAUCAUAUUGAAAUACGACUCUAUCAUAACGGGAGCACAUUGUGGUGUCCAUCUUGCCGGGUACGUCUUACCGAGAAUGCUCCACGGCGCUCCGACGCUCAGCCGCCUUGCACGUAUCACCCCUCAGGCAAAGGAGCGACGUACCA